AUGCAUAUCCGAACUAUUCUCUACUUGAUCAUAUUCACCAUAGGGACAUGGGCAAGGUCAGUCCCUGGUACAUCAGGUAACAUUGAUGAAGCCAAGGAACAGCCCGCGGACGGGAAUCAUUUAGUUUUUGCACAUUUCAUGAUUGGAAUAACCAGUGACAGAAGUAGUGCAUCUGCCUAUGAUGACGAUAUGCAACGAGCAAAGUCUCUUGGAAUCGAUGCAUUUGCGCUGAAUAUUGGCGUUGACCCGUAUACCGACCAGCAGUUGGAUCUUGCUUAUCAGUCUGCAGCAACCAAUGGAAUGAAAGUUUUUCUUUCAUUCGACUUCAAUUGGUGGCAUACGAGCCAGGCCUCUCAAGUUGGCCAGAAAAUUGCGCAGUAUGCGGACCACCCGGCUCAGCUGAUGGUCGACAGUAAGGUUUUUGUGUCUUCCUUCGCUGGGGACGGAGUCAAUGUAGCAGCUUUGCGAUCUGCUGCUGGGCGACCCAUUUUCUUUGCACCUAAUUUCCAUCCAUCUUAUGGCACUGAUAUCAGUCCUGUUGAUGGGUUGCUGAAUUGGAUGGCCUGGCCAAACAACGGGAACAACAAAGCACCUUCCGCUGGGGCUAAUGUGUCUGUUGCUGAUGGAGAUAAGGUUUAUCUUAAUUCUCUGGGAGCAAAGGCAUAUAUUGCACCUGUCUCUCCCUGGUUCUCUACCCAUUUUGGACCAGAAGUAUCCUACAGCAAGAACUGGGUAUUUCCCUCAGAUCUACUCUGGUAUGAUAGGUGGAAUGAUGUUCUCGCCCUCGGUCCUCGAUUUAUAGAAAUCCUCACAUGGAAUGAUUAUGGCGAAUCACAUUACAUCGGGCCCUUGAAAUCACCACAUACCGAUGACGGUGCUUCAAGAUGGGUCAAUGAUAUGCCCCAUGACGGGUGGCUAGAAAUUUCCAAACCUUUUAUUGCGGCCUUCAAAGCCGGUGCAUCAUCACCUACAACAUAUAUCACCGCCGAUCAAUUGAUCUACUGGUACCGUCCAGCCCCAAGGGACGAGAACUGCGAUGCAACCGAUACCUGCAUGGUUCCAGCCAAUAAUGGUAGCGGAAAUUAUUUCAUUGGCAGACCAGACGGAUGGCAAUCCAUGGUAGAUUCUGUCUUCUUGGUGACUUUGCUCACGGCCCCGGCUUACAUCCAGGUAAAUUCUGGAGGCACUGUUUAUCAGUACAACGCGCCCGCGGGAGCCUAUGCACAAGCAGUUCCAAUGCAUGUGGGUGUACAGGCUUUCUCGAUCAGUCGCGGUGGGCAAAGCGUUCUUUCGGGAGUCAGUCUUAAGCCCAUUAUCGACGGAUGUGUCUGUGGUUUAUAUAAUUUCAACGCUUAUGCUGACCCAUUUGACUAUCAAGUUGGAAUUCUUCCGCCCGGAUUUGCUGAUCCUCUCCAACCAGAUGGUCUGGCGGCUUUCUCUCAGGGGUUGCGUGUUUCCACUUGCCGCGCAAGCCCUUCUUUGGGGACUGUUCCCCCGACGGCAUCUACCACAUCGUCGACAACAUUACCCACAGGUCCACCAACUACCACAACAACGUCAGCUUGCACUACGAAUUGCCCCACAACAGCGCCUCCCACAACAACAUCCCCAACUGCAUCUUGCCCAACCGUGCCAGGGAGCGUGACGAGCACUAUCACUCAGACCGUGACUACCACUGUCGGGAGUGGAGGUGGAGGAAGUGUGACAACUACUGUCACUCAAACUGUGACUACCACUGUGGGAAGUGGAGGUGGAGGCGGAGGAAGUGUCUGCAUUGCAGGUACGGGGCCCGGAAAUUACGUUGGACUAUGCAACUUCAGUUGCGGAUUUGGUUACUGCCCCACUGGUCCCUGCACUUGCACUGCAUACGGAAAAACUGCCCCGAGUCCCCCCUCAACUGGUGGCAACGGAGGGCCUCUUCCUGGGGAAGGUGAUUCCUACACUGGUCUUUGCAGCUUCGCCUGCAGUCAUGGAUAUUGUCCACCCACUGCUUGCAUGACGCAAUAA